GAGGGGUGGGCCGGGGCCGCCGCCUCAGCCGCGCGGCCAGGCGGAGCGCGGUCUCACUCCACUGCGGGCUGUCCACGGAGCAGCUGGGAGGAUGGGCCUCUCUGCCGCGGCUCCGCUGUGGGGCCCCCUGGGGCUGCUUCUGGCCAUCGCCCUGCACCCGGCUCUCUCUGUGUCCCCGGCCUCGGAGCCUGCGCACCGGGACUACUGCGUUCUGGGUGCCGGGCCCGCGGGCCUGCAGAUGGCCUACUUCCUGCACCGGGCUGGGAGAGACUACACUGUGUUCGAACGGGCCGCCGGGCCGGGCAGCUUCUUCACGCGGUACCCCCGGCACCGCAAGCUCAUCAGCAUCAACAAGAGAUACACCGGCAAGGCCAACGCCGAGUUCAACCUCCGCCACGACUGGAACUCUCUGCUCAGCCAUGACCCCCAGCUGCUCUUCAGACACUACUCCAGUGCCUACUUCCCCGAUGCUAGCGACAUGGUGCGAUACCUGGGUGACUUCGCGGACCGGCUGGGGCUCCAGGUGCGCUACAACACGACCAUUGCACAUGUCACUCUGAACAAGGAUCGGCAGGCCUGGAACGGCCAUUACUUCAUCCUGACCGACCAGAAGGGCCAGACAUUCCAGUGCAGCGUCCUGCUCGUAGCCACUGGCUUGUCAGUUCCCAACCAGGUUGACUUUCCUGGCUCCGAAUACAUGGACGGUUAUGAGUCCGUGUCGGUGGAUCCCAAGGACUUUGUGGGUCAGAACGUGCUGAUCCUGGGCCGGGGGAACUCGGCCUUUGAGACAGCGGAGAACAUCCUGGGCGUCACCAACUUUAUCCACAUGCUGAGCCGCUCCCGGGUCCGGCUGUCCUGGGCCACCCACUACGUUGGCGACCUCAGGGCCAUCAACAACGGCCUGCUGGACACCUACCAGCUGAAGUCCCUGGAUGGGUUGCUGGAGUCCGACCUGACGGAUCUGGCCAUCGUGAAGGACCACAAAGGCAAGUUCCACAUCACCCUCAAGCUCUACCUGGAGGCAGGCAACCAGAGCGCCGACGCCAUCCCCCUCCCCGAGGACGAAAGUGACAACUUCGCCAUGCGUGUGCCCUACGACCGGGUCAUCCGCUGCCUCGGCUGGAACUUCGACUUCUCCAUCUUCAGCAAGUCCCUCCGACUCUCUUCAGGGGGUGACUUCAGCAAGAAGUACCCACUGGUCAGAGCCAGCUACGAGUCCAAAGGGAGCCGGGGGCUUUUCAUCCUAGGGACUGCCAGCCACUCCGUGGAUUACCGGAAAUCUGCCGGGGGCUUCAUCCAUGGAUUCAGAUAUACAGCGCGUGCUGUCCACCGGCUGCUGGAGCAGCGCCACCAUGGUGUCGCCUGGCCCGCUACAGAGCACCCCGUCACACAGCUGGCCAGUGCCAUCAUCCGGCGCAUCAACGAGGCUUCUGGGCUCUACCAGAUGUUCAGUGUGCUGGCCGACGUGGUCCUGAUGAAGGAGAAUGCCACAGCCUUCGAGUACCUGGAGGAGUUCCCCAUGCAGAUGCUGGCCCAGCUGGAGACGAUCACAGGAAGGCAGGCCCGGCACGGGCUCUUCGUCAUCAACAUGGAGUAUGGCAAAAAUUUCUCCGGGCCCGAUAAGGACGUCUUCUAUCACGACCGGUCUGUGGGGUACACGGAAGACGCCUGGCUGUCCAACUUCCUCCAUCCUGUCAUCUACUACUACAGGCACCUCCCCACCGAGCAGGAGGUGAGGUUCCGCCCAGCAGACUGGCCCCUGCCGCGGCCCACAGCCAUCCACCAUGUUGUGGAAGAUUUCCUGACGGACUGGACAGCCCCGGUGGGGCACAUUCUGCCUCUGAGGCGCUUCCUGGAGAAUUGCUUGGACACGGAUCUGCGAAACUUCUAUGCAGAGUCCUGCUUCCUGUUUGCCCUAACUCGCCAGAAGCUGCCGCCCUUCUGCCAGCAGGGGUACCUGAGAACACAGGGGCUGGUGGGGACCGAGAGCCUGCGACAGCACGGAGUGGAGAGCGGGCUCCUGCAGGACUAUGCCGCUGCAGGCCGGCCCUGGCAGGACAGCAGCCAGCAGCCUGAUGACCAUGAGCCAGGAGGCUACACUCUGGUUCCAGGGCCUCCAGUCCGGGCCUUGGACAGCAACAAGGAGGAGCUCUGACGGCCAGGCUUCUCCCACCCAGGCCCGCGGUCAGCCCUCCCCUUUCCUCAAGGUUCCACGCUCCCACCGACACGAUUGCCAAAGACCACUCCGAUCAUCGCAGUGACCACAGCAAAGCCACACGGAGGACACGUAAGGACUGAACGAUGGCCAUGCGGUAAUCUCCCUCCUGUGGUCCAGAGAAGGCGUCUUCUACCAGAAGGAAGGGAGCCGCCUGCCCUGCCAGACUACUUGUCUAAAAAUGCACGGGCUCAGAGCACCAGGCCAGCCUCGGUUCCGUCCCCAUCAAGUGUCCAGAGAUUGCUUUUCCUUCCAGUCUGCUCUCCAGGGCGGCCGGGAUCCUGCCUGCCCCUGGAGCGUUUUUAACAAGCGGAGCCCACCCUCAUCUUCCUAAGGGGUGCAGCCAGCACUCUAAAACCAACGCUGUAACAGCCUCGACCCAGUAGGGCGGGUGGGACCUGUUUCUCCCUAAUGAAAAUUCAGAGAAGUUAGGGAACUCCCAGGGUCCCAGCCCAGGGUCCCCGUCUGGUCUGCGUAGCCCUAAAGCCUGUCCCGCCUCACCACCCUGCCUCUCCCCACCCCCAGCUCUGCUUUCAGAAUCCCCGGGGCUUAUCAUCCUAGGCCAGCAGAGCUAGGACAGCUCUCUGCAGGUCCAUCUUAUCUAAGCAGAUCUCUCCCCAAGGGAGGAGCAAGCACAACUCCGAGCUGCUCUCCCCCCAGGACCGUGCUCCCUGCCUUGCCUUCUGUGUUCUCUUCCCUUUCAUCCCACUCCUUUGCCCUCUGGCAUCCCCGAACAGCCCCUGCCUCUACCCUGCCCCAUUCCGAUUUGAAAAAUUGUCGCCAUGCUGUCUGUCAGCGGGGAUUCUUUUCUUUCCAAGGUGAUUCACUGCCCCGAGCCUGGCUCGUGUGCCAGGCAUCAUUUCGAAAUGCCUCUGUGAGAUAAUGACCUGAAGUCUUCUGGCUCUUUUCACGGUCCUUCCUCACCCCUGGGAGUCUGCUCCCUUCUCACUCUCCCAUCAGGCCUUUUAGUCCCAUUGAUGAGGAAGCCAUGGGAAAGCAUUUGUAUGUAAAAUAAUCGUGGUGGCUUUUCAAAGCCCAGGAUCAAAGGUGAUUGCUUUCUGACUGAUUCUUACCAGUCCUUCUUGUGUCCCUAAGCAUCCAGGGAUCCGGGCUUUCUGGAUCCACAGCCCUUUGCUGGGAACAGCCUCUUCCUUGUGGCUGCGUCCAAAAUCCCUUGCCCCCUGGCCCAGAUGUCUGUCUUGGACAACGAUGAGACUCAUGAGACUCCAGCAGCCGCAGCUUAUCAGGGAGGAGGUGUCAACCCCAUGACAUUACUUGGCAUUAUUUGCCCAGAGCUGAAACUUCUAAAUGAAGGUUCUCUCCGUAAUCCCUGAGUGUUAGAUUUGCUGUAUUUCACACACGUUACGGGUCAACCGAAAUGGACGCCCACCCUUCCUUUUCCAAAACCUUUUAAAAAUAAUAAAUCUUCACGAGGACCAUACUCGUACCAUCCAACCCUGCUAUACACAUCUUGCCUGCCCAGUCACCAAAGGCUGGCUGGGCCCCCAGGUUCAAUAAAAUGUCGAGGUGCUAUAA